UGAGGGGAAUAUACGACAGUGUCAGGAGUUCAGUUUCUGACCAAACACGUGUCGGAAAACUAAAGAAAACAACUGCGAAUAAGAUUUUGGGCCUUCGGGCAUCUUUCUUCACAACAAGCAUCUUCGGUCUUGAUCCUCAGCAUCUAUGAAAGAUCCACCGUUCAACUUGUCAAGAUCCAAUGGCUCAGCAUCUAUCUCUCUUCAGAUCCACUAAUCAACUAGCCUUGAUCCAUCCAACGGGAUAUACUAAAAACAUUUUAGAAAUGGCGACUUUGGAUUCUCCGUUAGAGGUUUUAGCUUUCGACUACGUUAACUUCGUCUUUAACAAUCUCUGGACAUGGAUUGCCGUCGUGACGGCCGCUGUUAGUUUCUGGCGUAUCCGUUCCACUACCACAAUCAGCGGCCGCGGCAGAAGAGACGAAGGUUUCAUAGAUGAAUCUCCUCGUGAGCCACAGAAACCACAAGCGACGAAGGCUCCUCUCGUUGUGGAAACGAGACCUCCUAAGGUUAAGGUAACGGAGACAGAAGAUUGGAGUUUGUUGUUGUGCAAUGACGGAGUGACGAAGGGGAAGCUAACGGUGUACUACGAGGAAGAGAUCGACGGAGAGAGAGAUGAAGAUGGCGAAGAGACAACGGCCGUUAAGUAUGGAGGAGGUGAGAGUGGAGAGUGGUGGGAGAGAUGGGAGAGUGUGGUGAAGAUGAGAAACGGAGACGAAGGUUGGUACCGUUACGUGGAUUUAACGGUGAUUAACGGAAGUGUUGUGAGGUUGUGGGAUGCAAACGGAGUCCGUAAUGGUGGUUGACUGGUUGGGUUAGUGUGGAGCGUAAGGAGUGCUUUGGUUGAGACAAAUUCGGAAGAUUAUAAUUUUCUAAUUUGAGCAUGAUUAUUAUUCAUUGAACCUUUUUGGUUUAAAGACUAUUUUUUUUGCUGAAGUAAAAGCUGUAAUUUGUAUAUAUAUUUUAGUGGUACACAACUAUGAUUGUUGAAUAAGAAGAACAAAUUCACUUCCAUGGA